AUGUGUGCAACAGUGCUGAAGAUAUUUCCAAUUCUAGCCAUCCUUGCAGGCCACACCAGCGGGGUCGUGGUGACAGUCCCUGAGAAGACAGUGAAUGUCACGACAGGUGGAAAUGCAACCCUCCUCUGCACAUACACCAGUCCUGGAACCCUGGGAAAUUUCUUUAUUCAGUGGAGUUUUUACAGUGCCAAAGAGAGCCAGCUGCACACCCAUUCCCCAUGCCAUGGUAUUCUGAGUAUGGAUGAAAAGUCAGUCAGUCUUUGUCAAAAGACGGUGUAUGUGACAGAUGCACGGGGAAGAUGUAGCUGGAGAUACAAGAUCUAUUAUUAUUCAGGAGGCCAGUCUUACUCCUAUGGAGCAUUUAAGAACAGGAUAACAGCUUCAACAAGUCCAGGGAAUGCAUCAAUAACAAUUUCCAACAUGCAGCCCUCAGACACUGGCUCCUACACCUGUGAAGUUUUCAGCCCUCAGGGUGAUGCUGGGCAGAGUCAAAAAUCUGUGGUUGUCAAUGUGCUGGUCAAACCAUCAAAACCUUUCUGCAAAGUAGAAGGAACCCCUGAGAAAGGCCAUCUGAUCUACCUCCUAUGCAAUUGUGAAGAGGGGUUGCCUCGCCCCACCUACCGCUGGUACAAGGUUGAUGAGAACACCCUCAAGCCUGUGGGAGAACAAAUUGAUCCAAACUCUGGCAUCCUUUACAUUGGCAACCUCACCACCUUUGAAACUGGCUACUAUCGGUGCAUAGCCAGCAACCAGCUGGGGAACAGCACCUGUGAGCUGGACCUAACAGCAAAACAUUCAGAUGGUGGUAUUGUUGCUGGAGCACUGAUUGGAGCAAUUCUGGCAGCUGCUAUAAUCUGCAUUAUUGUCUGGGUCUUAACCAAGAAGGCAAAAAAUAGGAAAUCAUCAAAUAAUGAGAUGCAAGAAAUGGUUCAGAAACAAUCCAAUGCAGACUAUGUUCAGGUACCCAAUGAAGAAAACAUUCCUAUGACCACAGUUCCAUCAAGCAAUGCAACAAAUGAAUACCCAAGUGUUGAUGAAACAGCAGCUCCUGCAACACCUGAAAAUGAAGAGAAGCAAGAAGCAGGAAAAGAAGAAACAGCCUAGAGUUUAUAAUAGAGUUUUCUUUGUCACCUUUGGACCCCUUUGUACAAAAAUUGUUGUCAUUGAAUUAACAUAGAAGCAUGACUAAAACUUGUAUUCAAGGCAUUUGUAUUGUGACCCACUGGGGUGGAUCAAAAAGAGUCUGUUACACAGGCACUUUGUAAAUACCAGAAGAUUUGGGCCUUUAAAGUGAAUUAAAUUUCUUUUA